AGGAGGAGGGAGUACAAAGGUAGCUAGCUAGGAGGAGGCAUUAUUAAUGAAUCUGUGAGUUUUUACCCUGUUUAGUGUGGUGCUUGUAAGAUAACACAAGGUGGACCUGUACUCUGAAAUGCUAGAUUUUGAUGUUGGAAUUCACCGUCCUUCUCACAACAGAGAACUCUAAGAACUCGCUGGCAAAGCCAAGACAUAGACUCAACCUCUUCUCUCCUAAAAGCCUCAUCUGGCAACAUGGAGGCCAUCGCCAAGUUUGACUUCACCGCCUCAGGUGAGGAUGAGCUGAGCUUUCACACUGGAGAUGUUCUGAAGAUCUUAAGUAACCAAGAGGAGUGGUUCAAGGCGGAACUACGAAGCCAAGAAGGUUACGUGCCCAAGAAUUUUAUAGACAUCCAGUUCCCUGAAUGGUUUCAUGAAGGCCUCUCACGACACCAAGCAGAAAACUUACUCAUGGGCAAGGAGAUUGGUUUCUUCAUCAUCCGGGCCAGCCAGAGCUCCCCAGGAGACUUCUCCAUUUCUGUCAGGCAUGAGGAUGAUGUUCAGCACUUCAAAGUCAUGAGAGACAACAAGGGGAAUUAUUUCCUGUGGACAGAAAAGUUUCCAUCCUUAAAUAAGUUGGUGGACUUCUACAGGACGACAUCUAUCUCCAAACAGAAGCAGAUCUUCCUGAGGGACAGGACCCGAGAAGACCAGGGUCACCGAGGCAAUAGCCUAGACCGGAGGUCCCAGGGAGGAGAAGAAAUUCGGCCUUCCAUGAACCGGAAAUUGUCAGAUCAGCCUGCUCCCCCUCCCUCACAGUACCCCCCAGGACCUUCCCCAUCACAGCAGCGGUAUCUGCAGCACAACCAUUUUCACCAGGAACGCCGAGGAGGGAGCCUUGACAUAAAUGACGGACACUGUGGCAUGGGAAUAGCCAGCGAAAUGAAUGCUGCCCUCAUGCACCGGAGACACACAGACCCAGUGCAACUCCAAGCAGCUGGGCGAGUGCGGUGGGCCCGAGUUCUGUACGACUUUGAGGCCCUGGAGGACGAUGAGCUGGAACUCCACUGCGGAGAGGUGAUUGAAGUCCUGGAUAGCUCCAACCCAUCCUGGUGGACUGGCCGCCUAUACAAUAGGCUGGGCCUCUUCCCUGCCAACUAUGUGGCACCCAUAAGCCGAUGAAGCUCUCUGGAGGAGUCACAGGCUUAUUUUCCAAAGCCAUCUACAAGAGAAGGGGCAAGGAAGAGGAUCUGGAAGUACACAUACACAUUGCCUGUGAAUAACACAUUUGAUAACUAAUUUAUUAGCAACUUAAGUGGGUAAUGGGCUAAUAUGAAAGGAACUCAGUUGGGGCAUUUUAUUCUUUCUUACUUUUCUACUCCCCACUGGAAAGCAGUGGAGGAAUUAGAAGUGGGGGUGGGGGAUGGAAAAUGAAACUGAAAUUCAUCUUGUCCUUAAGGUGACACCACUUCCUUCUUGCCUUGGGAAUGUUCACCCAGGGUGGUAAAGCAGAGAUCCACACCCAGCAUUGGACGCAGAACAGCAGGGUGGAGCUGGACUUGGUGGGGCAUGUUCUAAUUCAUUUAGCUACAAGCACCACACACCUCAGGGGCUUUCUGGGAAAAUUCCCUCCUGUUCUCCAUGUGUACACACUGUAUGGCUGAGAAUCAAGGGGCAACUGCGCACAUCUGAGCUGGGGGCCACUCAGAGCUGAAGGAGGACUAGAGCAGAGGGUGUCCCUGAGGCCCAGGCAAGGCUACUCUCCUGGUCAGUGCUCAGCCAAGAUCUCCAUCUCCCUCCAAUGAAUGUUCCUCAGCCUACUCUCUUCCUUGUGCUGACAAGAAGAAGCAAAGAUACCAUGAGGAACUAAGCUCUGGGAAACCCAGGAAUGUCUUACAAGUCCCCCCCACCCCCCUCGGAUGCUCACUUGGUGUAACUGCUGUCUCCCUGGCUAAUAAGAAGGCAGCAUUCUAGAUCCCACAGCGUGCAUGAGAAAACCAUGGCCAGGGUGCUGGAUGUUAGUGCACAUGCACACUUAAAAGUUUUAAGGUUACAGGAGUGUCUCUUUGGUGUUUGAUUUGUCUUCCCUCUUGGCUUAAUUUGGUUUUGACGUUGCCUUGCCAGUAUUACAGAGCUAAGCCCUUUCCACAAGCACAGUGACUAGCAACUGCUCACUUGGUUGCUUUGUUUCUUGCUUAAUUGAUUGACUGGUUGGUUAAUUGACUAAGACCCUGGGUGGGAGCAGACUUUGGGAUGAGCUUUCUGUACCAUCUGACAGUUGAACCACUGCCGGCACUUCCCCUGAGAGUGGCACCUGGAGAAAGGAACCCUACUGUUUCUCCACCAUCACCCCAAAAUAGAACCAUGCUCAUUCUCUAAGUGACAGGUAGCACAAAUGAGCCUGGAUGGAGUGAAGGGACACAGGAGAAGGGAGCUCAGCAGCUGGGGAAUGUGGCUGGGAGCGUAGGUGCCUGCACUGAGGGCUCAUAGAAAGGCUGAGUAUGUUUGUGUGUGUGUUCAGAGAUGAAAGCAUGCAUCGCUGAGGGGCCUGUCUCAUUGUCUUCUUCCCAGCUAAGGAGGGCCAGGGUAGUUAUUAUUGCAGCUGAAACAACAGGAAGAAAGGGUUAUAUCAUAGGUGAUACAACAAGAAGAAAGGGUUUCUGGCUCAGAAGUCACUGUCAGUGUAAAGUGGACUGUGUCCCUUUGACUCUGAUCUCCACAUAGCCUUUAGAGAGAGACAACAAAAGGGACUCUGUAGUGAGUCCUGGGAGGGAAAAGAAAAGGACCCAAGAGAGGCAGGGGGUGUUGAGCAAGAGUGCAGAGUGUCUCCAGACUUUGGAAAUGAAAUCAGGGGAAGGAAAAGGAAGCCAAGACAUUUUAAAAGAUCAAGGAGCAGCAUGUGUAGCGGGGAAAGAGGCCGAAGUCAGUGGACGACAAGGCUGGGGAAGGCAGAGUGGGGAGGGGGGGGAAACAAGCAGAUGGGAAAGAGGAAUUGGAGCAGAGAAAUGAGCCCUGUGGAAGGGGUGGAGGGGGGGACAACACCACAAGAAUGAAGACAAAAGGACACAGAGGAAGAGAAGAUGGGCUAAGGAGACUUAAUACGCUAUUCUGGUGCUAGGUGAUAUGAACAUGUUACAGUAAAUAAGAGCCGAAAGCAGUGUUUGAUUUUACAGUAUUUGCAAACCAUAUGCUUUAAACAGCCCACAAACCUUAUCCAUUUGUCUGAUUAUGUGGGAGGACCAGCCCCAUUUAAACAGAGGGAAAUGGCUUGGUUCCGGCCUGGAUUUUGUGCCUUGAGACACUUCUCAGAAAGCAAUAAUAAAAUAAGCACUCUUCUCUCA